ACUAACAAAAUAUCAACUAUAUAGCAGUAAAUUAAUAAUUUUAGUUUGGAAAAAAUGUUAAUAAUUCAUCAGAAAAUUACUAAUAAAAAUUUUUCAUAUAUUUGGCAAAAGUUUAUUAAAAGGAAUUUAACAGUUUUAGGCAUAGAAACGUCGUGUGACGAUACCGGCAUAGCGUUGAUUCGCCAUGAAAAUAACGAAAAUAAUAGAGUUUUGGCUAAUAUUUUGAAUUCACAGCAAAGCUUUCAUAUAAGAUAUGGAGGAAUUAUACCACCGCGAGCCCAAGAUUUACAUCGUGCUAAAAUUGCCCACGUCUUCGAGGAAUGUUUACAAGAGGCUCAAAUAUCUGCGCAAGAAGUUGACGCGAUCGCGGUCACAACCAAGCCAGGCUUACCCUUAAGCCUAUUGGUGGGCUUACGUUUUGCCCGCUUUUUAGCGCGUACUUAUAAUAAGCCUUUGGUGCCCGUUCAUCAUAUGGAGGCACAUGCGUUACAGGCGCGCCUAGAGCAUGACAUACCAUAUCCAUUUUUAUGUUUGUUAAUUAGUGGGGGUCAUUGUCAGUUAACGUUUGUACGUGGCCCGCAUGAAUUUCUAUUACUUGGCGAAAGUUUGGAUGAUGCUCCCGGCGAAGCGUUUGAUAAAAUUGUAAGACGUUUGCGUUUAUAUAUAAAUCCAAAAUAUCGUCAAUGGAGUGGCGGCCGAAUAGUUGAGGAAGUUGCAAAGCUAGCGAAACAACCGGAAGCAUUUCAAUUCCCUUUACCGCUGGCACAAACGCGCGACUGUAAUUUCAGUUUUGCUGGUAUUAAAAAUAAUUCCUUUCGUUCCAUAAAUAAACAAGAGAGAAAAGAAGGCACUCCGCCCGAUUCGGCUAUUAGUAAUUAUGCAGAUUUCUGUGCCGGACUUUUGCACGCUGUUAGCCGUCACCUAAUGCAUCGUACACAGCGAGCAUUAGAAUUUUGUAUUGCGCGCAACUAUUUUGAAGCGAAGCCACGUUCGCUGGUGGUAUCAGGCGGCGUAGCAAAUAACGAUGUCAUUUUCGAUGACUUAUCAAAUUUAGCUAAGCAUUAUAAUUGUGAAACAUAUCGUCCUUCUAAAAAAUAUUGUUCGGACAAUGGAGUCAUGAUAGCGUGGAAUGGUGUCGAACAAAUUUUAUCCAAUUUUCAAAGCUUACGAUGGGAUUAUUAUAAUUUAGAUAUAAAGGGUAAAGUUCCAUUAGGUGUAAGUAUAAUAAAUGAAGUAACCAAAUCCAAUAUGAAAUGUAAAUGGAUACAGCCCCGACGUGUGGCAAACGAAUGAUAGCGAACUAAAAAAAUAUUAUUAC